AUGGCCGAGCCAUCGGGGUCUGCUUGGUACAGAGCACGCAGGUCACGUAUUAGCGUUGCCUGUGUGGUUGCACUGACGCUCUUUAUUGACAUGCUCGUAUAUGGCGUCGUAAUUCCCUGCCUUCCGAUGCUUGUAAUCGAUCGUCUGAAGGGCAAUUCUACCAUGGUUGGCUUCUUAUUUGGAUGCUAUGCAUUUGGACUAUUGCUAGCUACACCAGUAUUUGCUAUUUUAUCUGACAAGUAUCAGAACAGACGUUAUCCAAUGAUGGCUGGUAUGCUUGGACUUGUCGUAUCCACUCUCGCAUUUGCUAUUGCAGAUACAUAUGUUCUUCUAGUACUUGCCAGAGUUGCCCAAGGUGUUGCAGGAGGUGCAUCUUGGACUAUUGGGUUAGGAAUGCUCGCAGACGUUUUCCCUACGAAAAAAUUAGGUGUCGUGAUGGGAACUGUGCUGACUGCGCACACAGUAGGGUUUGCUAUCGGACCUGCUGCCGGUGGAUUUUUAUAUGAGUACGGUGGAUUUAGUGCACCCUUCACUUUUUGUGCUGGAUUUGCUGUUAUAAAUUUCUUUGCAAUUGUGUGGAUUGCGGAGCCUCUGCACAAGAAGCACAGUGAAAAAACUUCGGUCAAGGUGUCGAGAGCCCAGGAAGAUAUCGAGGCAGAGGGAUCAUUUACAAACAACGAAGAAACACCACUCCUUCCCCAGGCCAAGAAGCCAAAGGUGACGAUGUGGCUUUUGUUGAAGAACUGGCGUAUUAUGUCUUGUUUGCUUUGUGUGGUUGUGAGUGCCUCCGUGUUUGCUGGAAUUGAACCUGCCCUUCCUAUCCACCUUCAAUUGACCUACAAUGCCUCCGCGUCGACAAUUGGAUUGAUCUUUGUUACAAUGGUAGUUCCAGCUUUCCUUGCUCCUCUUAUCGGCCAUCUGUCAGAUAAGAUUGGUCGCCAGGUUAUUUCUGCCACUGGCAUGAUUUUGAUGGCCGUUGCAUCCCCUCUGGUUGCCCUGCACUUUGAAUCUAUUUAUAUGAUUAUUCCUCCAUUGAUGAUUUUUGGUCUCUCUAGCCCUGUCACUCUUACGCCAGUCCUACCUGAGAUGGGCGAAACAGUGCAUGAUAUGGGUGGCGCUGCUUAUGCACAAGUGUAUGCAUUGUACAAUAUGGCUUAUUCGAUCGGCAUGUUCAUUGGCCCUGUGCUUGCAGGUGCUGUCAUGGCCUCUUCCGGUUUUGAGACUCUCAUGCUUGCUUUCGGGUUCUCGCUCCUGAUCUGCAGCCCAGUUAUGAUGGACUGGUUUGCCAUCUGGAGGGCAAUCAAAAGCUUUGUCCGUCGCGAUUAA